AUGGCAGGACAAGGGACUGGUCCUUCACGAAGGAGUCACACAAAGAGUCGCAAGGGCUGUAAGACUUGCAAACGAAGACACAUUCGUUGCGACGAGACAUUUCCUCAAUGUCGCAAUUGCACCAAGCACCAAGUUCGUUGCGACUACAUGGAGAAUGCCGGGACGGAGUCUGAUGGCCAGCAAAGUCCCGAACAGCCUUCGCUCGUCUUCACACCUGGGACCGAGAGUCGGAUCGACCAAUGGCAACAGACAGGAAGCUUUCCGUAUCCGGGAUUACAGGUCUUUCCGCCGCCGCAAACACACGAGUACUCAAAGACCGAACUCCGCCUCAUGCACCAUCUCUCCACCAUCUCCAACGACAUGAUGUCGAAGGGAACAUCCGACUUUACGUUGUGGACGCAGAAAGUGCCCAAAUUCCUCAGCAUCGCAUCCUCCUAUCCAUAUGUCAUGCAUGCGUUGCUCUCGUUCUCGGCCAACAACCUUGCCUGGAGCCAAUCGUCAGAUGACAUACGAAAUCUACACAUUCAGCAUGGGACUAUUGCACUACGCGGGCUCCACGAGGCGAUUGGCGACUUUUCCCAUACGAAUGCAGAUGCGGUGCUGGCGGCGUCCUUGUUGCUGCUCUGGCAGGCAACAGACUGGCGUAGUUGGUCCUCACUGCGCGCGGGCAUACAGUCGGUGCUGCUGGCGAUKAAAUCUUGGAACCACGAGUCGAUCUUCGCCGAGUACAUUAAUGAGGAGGAUCUAGCCGUCACUUUCCAACAGCCAGGCAUACAACCCGUCGCAGCGUCGCCGUCCGAUCGCGAGUCAAUUCUCGGAAAUGUCGUCCAAGCGUUGCAACAGCUACUGCAGAGCCUCUCGUCGCACGAAGCAGAAUCAUACUGGGUUGGGCAGCUUCUUUCAUAUAUGCAGCGCCUGCAGGCCUCUACGCCAGCAGGUGACCCUGACGAGCAGUUCAGUCACCUGUAUCUAUUGAGGAAGUGGCUCUUCUGGGUUCCGACCUUAUUGCUCCAGCGACAAGGCGGUCAAGGACCAGCAAUGCUCACACUUGCGCACUUCUACGCCACUGCCCUCGCAUUGGAGCCCCUAUACCCAGCCUUGGGCUCUGUGUUCUGUGCACGGAUUGCUCUUCCUCCACUCGAGUCAAUUAUCGGCGUGACAAGCGCAAUGCAUUCGAAUAUGAUGGAUCAGAACGCUGCGGAGAUUGCGACACUCAUGAACUACCCCCGACACAUGGCGAUGAACUUCAGGAGCAGGGUCCCUCACAGCCAGGGUGGAGUGAAUCAGAACUCUCCAACUUUUCCCAGCCUCAACUCUCAAACUUUGGACUACACCAGCAUCGGUAACACGAGUCCGGCAUUUGCGCCAUCAUCUCUUCAUCCGUCGGCCGGCCAAACGCCAACAUUGCCUUCAUCCUAUCUCGAAGUUCCGAAUUUGCAAGCAGCGGGUUUCACGCUCGGGACGCAGCAAUGGGGAAUCUUGCCCUCCCCUGGUUUUCCACCUCAGGAAUACACGGAGCAAGAGCAGACCUAUGCAUACUCUAUGGUCGGUUUCCGCGACGGGACUCAUAACAACUCUUCCGGGGAGGGAUUUCCCGACUAUCAAUGA